CUAUACCAAAAUUAGGGUUUUUGAGGCUCUGGGGGUUUUUGCUCAGACUUGCAUCAAUGGAGACCACCAACUUCCCAAACCGACCAUCCAUCAAGGACAAGAAGAAGAAAAAGAACCAGACCCCAGAAUCCGAAUUCCAUUCGGACCUCACUCUAUGCACCAAGAACAACGACCUGCGCAGCGCAAUCUCCCUUUACGAGACCGCAAUUUUACAAGGCUUGCGCCUGAACCAGCACCACUUCAAUGCCCUCCUCUACCUCUGCUCCAACACAGUCACAGACGCAUCACUGAAAACCUUAGCUUUGGACCACGGCUUUCGCAUAUUCGACCACAUGCUGUCAAACAACGUCCACCCCAAUGAGGCCUCGAUCACCGCCGUCGCUCGCCUAGCCGCGGCGAAGGGAGACGGGGAUUAUGCUUUCGGCUUGGUCAAGAGCAUGUGGAAGUAUGGAACUGCGCCGAGAUUGCGCACGUAUGACCCGGCAUUGAUGUGUUUCUGUGAGAAUUUGGAGGCGGAGAAGGCGUAUGAGGUGGAGGAGCAUAUGGGUGUGAUGGGGGUGAGUGUGGAGGAAUCAGAGCUUGCUGCGUUGUUGAAGGUGAGCGCGGAGACGGGGAGGGGAGAGAGGGUUUAUGGGUAUUUGCAUAAGUUGAGGAAUUCGGUGAGGAGCGUUGGCAAAUCGACGGUGAAGUUUAUCGAGGGUUGGUUCAGCAGUGGGAAGGCUAGGGAGGUGGGAGAGGUGAAUUCGGAGGUGGGGAGAGUGAAAGAGGCGGUGUCGAGGAACGGGGGAGGAUGGCAUGGUUUGGGGUGGAUUGGGAAGGGGGAUUGGGUUGUGAAGAGGGCGAAUGUGGAUUCGGCUGGGCGGUGCAGAGGUUGUGGGGAGCAAUUGGUGCGUGUGGAUAUAGAUGAUGCGGAGACGGAGAGGUUUGCGCGGUCGGUGGCUGCGUUGGCUAUGGAAAGGGAGGUCAAGGCAAACUUUAGCGAGUUUCAGGGUUGGCUGGAAAAACAUGCUGAUUUUGAAUUUAUAGUGGAUGGAGCAAAUAUUGGGCUCUACCAACAAAAUUUUGCAGAUGGCGGAUUCAGUGUUUCUCAGCUUGAUGCUGUUGUUAAAGAAUUGUACAAUAGGAGCGGAAACAAAUGGCCACUGGUUGUCUUGCAUAAUAAACGCCUUCCGUCGCUUCUGGAAAAUCCUUCCCAAAGAAAGCUGGUAGAGGAGUGGAUGGAUAAAGGCGUUCUUUAUAUGACACCAACUGGUUCUAAUGACGAUUGGUAUUGGCUAUAUGCUGCAGUCAAAGUCCAGUGUUUACUUGUGACAAAUGAUGAAAUGAGAGAUCACAUUUUUGAACUCCUAGGGAGUAGCUUUUUCCUCAAGUGGAAAGAAAGACAUCAAGUUCGGUAUACUUUUGGGAAGGGCAAUGUGAAACUUCAGAUGCCGCCUUCAUAUUCAUCUGUUAUCCAGGAAUCAGAGAAAGGAUCGUGGCAUGUGCCUAUUGCUGCCGACAGCGAUAAUGAGUGCGAGGAGUCUUCGAGAACUUGGCUCUGCAUUACUAGGCCAAGUGCUUGUGAAGCUUCUGAUGAAGUUCCAACCAAUGUGGAAAGUUCUGAAAAUGGUCAUCCCAUCUCCAACCUUGCAUCAACAAAUCCUUCGAAGUCAGAGAGUGUUACAAGUAGCAAUGGCUUACAUUGCAGCGCGGAGUCCUUUCAGUUUUCUGAAGAAGUUCCAAUCAAUAAAGCUACUUCCUCGACAGGUAAAAGAAAAGAGAGGUCCCCAUCUCCUUCCAACUAAUGCUUUUUAAUAAAAGCCUUCACUUGCUUCUUUGUCAUGGACUGCUUGGGAGAUGCCCUUGAUCAAGUCAGAUGGAGUAAAGCAGCAGCAGCAGCAAUGGCCUAUUGUAAGUUAACGUUUUUAAACACUUGCAGUGGUCUUCAUGCAAUCAACACCUACAGUUGAGGAUUUUUGCCUUUUCUUAGUCUACAUCAUGGAGUUGAUAAAUUGUCUUGUAACCCAAUGUUAUACUGUAUAAUAAUUAAUCAAGAUAAUUAAAAACCAAGUUUCCAACAACAA